CUGGAGCACACCUACUGAACAAUAACAACUCCAGACCUCUGCCAACUGACCUCAGCCUGGUCCCAAAGUUCAGGUGUCCUAAAUUAAACGGUGAGUGAUACGUGACUGACCAUCCGUCCAGAUCCUCUCGGGUGCGUUCAGGGACUGCAGCAUGCUGCCGUGCGGAGCGGUCGAUGUCCGGCACUGCGUCCUGACCAGCCGCUGGCUGCCCGCCGCCGUGGCGCUGCUCCUCCUCGUCUCCUGCAGCUUCAGCCGCGCUCACAGCGCCACGGUGGAGCACGACUUCCACAUCGUUCACAAUGUCGACAACAGAAGUCCAGAGAUAGACCCAUUCUGGUACGUGGGCCGUGGGGUCAGACCCAUCGGGCGCUUCGGGAAGAGGCACAGCGGCGUGGGGGCUGUGGGCAGCAGAGCGGUGCAGCCGGUCCUCCUGACGUUAGGGCUGCUGCUCAACAACCUCAGAAACAAGGACAAGUUCGGGACAGUGCUGGAUGGGGAGGACAGGGAUUGGUUACCAUGACAGCGAGUCCUUCUCCCUUCAUCUACAAACUCUAGAGUGUCUUCAUUUAAAAAAAUCUUGAUUGAGUUGAUGAAGUCGUUUGCUCUAGCUCUUACCUGUAUUUCACUCUGCUGUCUGUUGUGAGGCCUUGGUUGAUAGGAUCCUUGA